AAGAAGAAGAAGCAAAGUCGUGGAAUACAUACAUAAAUUCUGCGGCUGCUGCGGCUUAUCGUGAUUUUUUUAAUAGUUUUUUUUUUAAAGGCUAGACAAUAAGCGUAUGGAAAACGGUGUGGAAAAUGGUUUACUGCCCGACGGCGAACCACUAGGAGCGCGUGAAAAUCAAAUGGGCAGCAGCACAGACGGCGAGGGUGAUGGCGAGGGCGAUUCGACGCCUCAGCCGCCACAAACAACAAAUGACGAUGUAAGCGACGGCGAUGCGGAUGGGGAGCGCGAUAUGUCUGUGUCGGAUGCCGCUGAAGCCGAAGCCGAUGCAGAGACUGCGGAAACAGAAGCAGCUCCAGCUGAAAAUAGUGCACCCCGCCGGAUAUCCAUCCUAGACGACAGCCUGUGUGAAAAGGACGUGGAUAGCGAUGGGCCCGACGACGAAAAUGAUGAUGAGGCGAAAGAAAACUAUGAAGGAUUCAAUGGGACCGGCCGCACAGUCACUUUGCAAACACUAAUGGCCGCAAAUGUUUUGCAGCCAGGCAAAUCAUUGAUGACUAUUGAUUAUCUAGGACAAAAAUUUGUGGGCGAUUUGCUGUCAGACGGUAAAAUUAAAUCACAAGAGACUGAAACCAUAUUCUUAACGCCCAGCGCCUGGGCCAUGCACUGCAAGCGCAUUAUCAAUCCCGAAAAGAAAAGCGGGUGCGGUUGGGCAUCCGUGAAGUAUAAGGGCAAGAAACUGGAUGCAUAUAAAAAUACCUAUUUGAGAAAAUGUGCGUUACAAAAGGAGUCUACGCCCGAGGACGGCGAUCCAGAUACAGAACGCAAGACCGAUUCGCCAGAUCUGGUUGUCAAACGAACAGUAUUUCCACAUAACACGGUUGCCAAUCGCAAUAUAAUUCAUGAUGCCAAUAUGAUGAUUGAGGCCAUUCCAUUCACUUCGGUUGGCAAAUUGCAACCGUUUCUGUUGACCAUCACCUCCUCCGCCCUGCUGUUGGCUGACUUCCAUUGUCACCUGACGAUGCGUGAGGUGUGCGGUUACCUGGGCGGCACCUGGGAUAUGAACACGCACACAUUGACAAUUACGAAAACAUAUCCGUGCCGUAGCACGCGCUUCGAUCGACAACGGGCUGCGGAAGUAGAGCGAGAUAUACAGAAAAUGAUGAUACAAGAUCAAGUGCUGCUCGUCGGCUGGUAUCACUCGCAUCCCAAAUUUCAGGCCGAGCCCACUCUGCGCGAUUGCGAUGCACAGCUCGACUAUCAGAUACGAAUGCGGGGCGUUAGUGAUCUGACGUAUACGCCAUGUGUUUCACUAAUCAUUUCUCCCUAUUAUGAGGAGAAUCCCACUCUGGAAUCGGUGGUCAAGUGCAUUUGGAUCGUGCCCCCAAACGAGAAUAAACAGUCCAUGGAAUAUGGACGACCGAUGCUAAUGCAAUACUCUGUGCUGCCCGAUAAAGAGAUACCCGAGGAGGUGCGCACGGAAAUACAGUCCUGCGUUGAUUACUACACUCAGUUUCGCGGCGAAAUUGUGAAAUUCCGUAAUAUCUACAGCAAUGACGUGACCUACAACGAGAAGUUAAAGAACACGCUCUAUCCGAAAUUUCCAUCGAAACAAAGUGAUAAGGCGCUGUGGAACUGGCUCUGCGCCGUGCUGGACUGUGAGCAGGAGGAUGAUUUUAUACCACCGAAAACCAUUAAAAUUAUCGACAAUGAGAACGACAAUGAAGUUGUAGUAAAAACAGAGGCGCCGCCCCAAGCUGAGCUGGCAAAUGAUAUUAAGCUGGAGGAACAGCCGAAAGAGGAGCCGAUGGGCGAGAGUCUUCAGUUGACUGCCGUUGACAUGGCCCGCAAAUCGGAGGAGGAAACCACGCUGCAGGCUGAGCAGAAGGCCAGCGAACUGAAGGUAAUGUCGCUGCAGGAACAGCUCUGCAUGCCCUCGGGCCUCAACAUGAAUCCAGUGCGCAUGCUCUCCCCGCUAGCCACUCCGAAUCCCACAAAUACGACACCCGUAGCAGCAGCAGCAGUAGCAGCCACAACAGUUCCAGUGGUGCCCGCGAUGCCACUGAAUGCGGCGGCUGUGAGUCAACUGCUACCGCCACAGACGCCAGCAGUGAGCACGAAUAGUGGACCCGUUGCUGCUGCCGUGCAGUCGGCAUCGCCGCGGGACAGCCCAACGAGCAUUCAGCUGCCGUCGAAUGCCGCCAGUCCUGCCAAGUUUGAGCUGCCGGUGCGUGCCUCGCCCUCGCCAGCGAAGUCGGAUGCCUCGUCGCACACCUCACGCACUCGCAAUUCGCCGGCGCCCAGUCCGGGCAAGUUCAGUGUGAGCGAUAUUGCGAGGAAUAGCCCGAGCAUCACGCCCAACAAGUACGAUCUAACUACGCCGCUGGUGCCGCCGUCGGCAGCCUGCUUGCCCACGGCCAAUGAUCUGAUGGCCGCAAGCUUGGCCCAGCUGGCCGGCCAGUUGCCGCCCAACUUUCUGCAGGCCGACUUGGCCUCGCUGUUCCAGCAGCAGCGCAAAGACUAUGGCAGCUCCUCACUCAAUCAGUUGGCUGCUGCGGCAGCGAAGGUGGGUGGCUCCAAGCAGAACAGCAAUGUAGCUGCGGGGCUGGGCAAUCUUAGCGAUCCCAAUGUGGCAGCCGCAGUGGCAGCCUACUCAAACAGCUUCAACAUGCCCAUGCCGUCUGGCAGCAGCAACAGCGGCGGUAGCGGCAGCAAUAAUAACAAUAGCAAUAAUAACGGCGGCAGCAAGUCAAAGGUGGACCGCUCCAAGUCCUCGGCGUCCUCAUCUUCGUCCAAUUCCAGCUCAUCGUCGAACUCGUACAAGACAAAGCUCAUGAAGGAGCUGGACGAGCUCAAGAAUGAUCCGCUGAAGAUGAGUGAGCUCAUCCGGUCGCCGGAGUAUGCGGCGCUGCUGCUGCAGCAGGCCGAGGCACUGGGCGCCACAACGCUGGGCACUCUGGGCUUUGGCUCCGACUUGAAUUAUCUGACAGGCAAUCAGCAGGUCGCAAAUCCGAGCAGCAGCAAAUCCUCAAAGUCAACAUCGGCAACGUCGUCGUCAGCCUCGGCAGCAGCGGCCGCAGCUGCGCUCAACGCCGACUACAACAAUCUGAUCCAAGCGUCCAAGCUGCUGGGCUACGAUUCCUACAUGCAGCAGCAGAGCAAGCAGAGCAAUGACCUUAACGUGUUCCUACAGCAGCAAAUGGCUGCAGUUGCGGCUGCCUCGAUACCGCCGCCGCCUGUUGCCAGCAGCAGCAGCAGCAGUUCAAAAAAACAGCAGCAGCAGCAGCAGCAACAGCAGCAACAACAACAGCAACAGCAGCAGCAACAACAGCAGCUGCAACAGCAGCAGCAAUCGGCAGCACAGGCGGACUACACAGCUCUGCUGCAGACCUACACAAAGCUGUUCGACCCGAAUAAUCAAUUUGCUGCCGCCAUGGCCUCGACGGGCAGCAAGCACAUGAGUGGAGCGCACAACGAGUUGUCCGCUCUGCUGGCUGCUGGCGCUGGGGGGCUGGCGCCAACUGGCGGCGGUGGCGCGGUGAGCUUGAAGCAGAAGCAGAAGGACAUGCAGUCGGACAUGCUGAAUCAGCUGCUGCAGUUGGAGAAGCAGGACUCGGAGAUCAAGGCGCUGCUGUACCGCCAGAAUAAGGCAGCGGCCGAUUUGGACGCACUAUUCGCCACACCAUCGGGCGCUGCUGCUGCUGUGGCAGCUGCUGCGGGCAGUGCCACAAAAUCAGGCAGCAGCGGAGCGUCGGCAGCGGCAGCGGCAGCGGCAGCGGCAGCCAUGUCCACAGGAGUUCCAUCUUCGUCAACGCUGAGCAACUCGGCCGCCUACUACAAUGCCUUGGCGCAGGAGAAGAUGCAGGACUACGCCGCAUUCUUUCAGCAUGGAAAGUACGGCAUACCGGAUCCAUUGUCGAAGUCGACGUUGGCAGCGAACAACAUGUUCAUGUCGCCGUCGGCUCUGUUCAAGAUUCAGCAGGAAUCGCUAUCGGCUAUGAUGAUGAAGCCGCCAAAGUCGACGACGCCUUCAUCGGCGCGCACAAGGGAGUCUUCCGCCUCGCCGGCCCUGGAGCGCCUCACGCCCACCAAGUCGAUCAGCAGUGGCGCCGGCGGCGGUGGUGCAGGCGGUGGUAAUUCCAAUUCCGGCAGCAAAUACAAUUUCAGUGCCGUGGAUUUGGCCAUAUCAAGCGUGCCCUCGAAUACGCCAUCCCCGGCGCCGUCGGAUGGCAGCAGCGGCUCCUCACAUCGACGUCCCUCGCCCGACCUGAGUCGCCUCUACAGCGAACUGGCUCCACCGGGCGCACUGCUGGGAAACGCGAUGCCCAAGAAGCGCAUGGAGUUCGCCUCGGUGGCCGAUCUGGCUGCACCACCGCCAGCGAAGAUCCCGAAAAACAACGUGGGCGACGAUGUCUUGAACUUAUCCCACGAUUAGGAGGGGCGACUAGGGCACUGCCUGUGGACCUGAAUCAUAUCGAGCGCUUGUCCCAGUUAAUGCAGUAUUUCCUUAUCAGUAUCUACCCUUAACGCAGCAGAGCAUUCAAUUAUAAAUAUAUAUGUAACAUUAUAUACAUAUAUAUAUAUCUAUGUAUAUCUAAGGUACAUCACGCGAAUCUCCUAAGCUCCAAGUAAAAGUCAUAUAAGAUAUAUAAUUCUCGCUGUAAACAUCCGAUUUAAGCCACAAUCGUAGACUAAUUGAGAUUGUUGACUGCUGGAGAUUGAAUGUACAAUGGAAUAGAAUUAGAGCAGGGUACAGGAGGAGUCCAGUAUUUCGAGAGUUGAGUUCGAAAGAUUCUAAAACUUCUGCAUUAGAGAACUUAUUUGUAUGGCAACUAAACAUAUAUCAAUCAUUUGAUAUUAAAUCAAGAAGUAUACUUAAUGACAUUCACAUACUGCAAUGCUGAUCAUCGUAACACAAUUUUAAAAUACGAAACUAGUUUUAACAUGAAACGAAACCCCAACAGAAAUGUAGAUAGGUGUGCGCAGUCAGUCCAUGCAAUACUGUUGAUUGUUUGGCUGCAAUGGGAAUGUUUGAGAGUCUCUUGAGCGCUUGAUGUCUUAAACACAUAUUAUUUAUAAACUAUUUUAGGUUUAAUUACUGCACAAAGGUACUUUAAGUAUUUUAAAAUAGUACAUACGUACAUACAAACAUAUACAAACAUAUACAAACAUAUAUGCAACAGACAAAC